GCUCCCGACGUUUGCUUCCGGGUCGGAGCCAUGGCGGUGGCAAAUUCAAGCCCUGUCAACCCCGUGGUGUUCUUUGAUGUCAGUAUUGGCGGCCAGGAAGUUGGCCGCAUGAAGAUCGAGCUCUUUGCAGAUGUUGUGCCCAAGACGGCCGAGAACUUUAGGCAGUUCUGCACUGGAGAAUUCAGAAAAGAUGGGGUUCCUAUUGGAUACAAAGGAAGCACCUUCCACAGGGUCAUAAAGGAUUUCAUGAUUCAGGGUGGAGACUUUGUUAAUGGAGAUGGUACUGGCGUUGCCAGUAUUUACCGAGGACCAUUUGCCGAUGAAAAUUUUAAGCUUAGGCACUCAGCUCCAGGUCUGCUUUCUAUGGCCAACAGCGGUCCCAGUACAAACGGCUGUCAGUUCUUUAUCACCUGCUCGAAGUGCGAUUGGCUGGAUGGGAAGCACGUAGUAUUUGGAAAAAUCAUUGAUGGCCUUCUGGUGAUGAGAAAGAUUGAGAAUGUUCCCACAGGCCCCAACAAUAAACCCAAGCUGCCUGUGGUGAUCUCACAGUGUGGGGAGAUGUAGUCCAGACCGAGACUGAACCAGGUGCGGGCGGCUCCCUCCGCGUGCACAAGCGUGUGCUGCUGCAGUUGAACGCACAGGUCCUUUUCCUUCAAACAACGGACCUCCCAUAGCUACUGGAGGAUAAGAGUGACAAUACAAAGCUCAGAAUUUGUACGUUUGGGGUCUCUCUUCUGCGUUUCUCUUCUUCUGCGUUUUCUGAGUCCUUCACGGGAAGUUGCUGGAAGCCCCUUCCGAGGGGGGGAUCACGAGCUUUCCCCUCCUGUCUGCCGUUAGCAGAAGCAUGUGCACUCUGCCCCAUGAAGGCCCUCCUCUCAGCCCGGGGCUCCAGCAGGACAAGCUCCUCAGGGGCCACUUGAUGUUCCGGAGGCCCUGUGGAACCGGGCCCUGGAAGAGGCCAUCCUUUCGGUGACGAGGGCGACGCUCUGUCUCUGCUGCCCUGUUUGGAAGGUUCUGGCCACAGGACUGUUGAGCACUUGAGAUGUGGCUAGUAUGACUGAGGGAUGAAGUUUUAAUUUAAACAAUUCAAGGGCCACGUGCAGCUACUGGCUAUUAAAUGGGACAGUGAGCUCCAAACUUAGGUUCCUCCCAUUCAGUCUCAUAAUCUUGACUUGCUCAGAACUCCAUCUCAUAAGUGUUAGAGACGCUAUAAUAAAAGCAAUUAUCAUUUAUCAAAU